AUGGUAAGCAGAGGAGGAAAGAAUUUCAUUGGAUUUCAGGGGAUUCCAUACGCUCAACCACCAGUUGGACACCUCAGGUUUGCGGAUCCUGUUCCAAUAGACCCAUGGAUGGGGGUGUGGGAUGCAACUUAUCCUAGAAACCCAUGCGUCCAGUGGAAUUAUCUUGAAAAUGGCCCGACGGAAGGAAGCGAAGAUUGCUUACAUUUGAGUGUGUUCACGCCUGCGUCGCUGAAAAAAUCUAUAUACACAAAACUAUUCAAAAAUUGGAAGAAGAUAAAGUACAUAAAAGACAAACUUGCUCUGAAGAACAAGAAACUGCUUCCAGUGAUGGUAUAUAUACAUGGAGGCUUCUUCGAAUUCGGAUCUGGAGAAAAUGCAAGAGAAUUAGGAGGUCCAGAGUACUUCAUGGACGAAUCUGUUGUACUCGUGAAGAUCAACUAUCGGCUUGGACCAUUAGGGUUCCUAAGCUUUGAGGAAAAAGAACUCUCAGGUAAUUAUGGUCUCAAAGAUCAAGUAUUGGCUCUGAAAUGGGUGAAGAAUAACAUCAUAUACUUUGGAGGCGACCCAAGAAAUAUCACCAUCUUUGGGGAGAAUGCUGGAGCAGCCAGUAUACAUUUCCAUUUGCUGUCCCCAUGCAGUCAAGGCUUGUUUCAUAAAGCUAUUGUCAGCAGCGGUUCAGGAUACUCACCAUGGGCUCUUGCCAAGAAUGGUAAAGCGCGUUCUAUUGCGCUCAAGACUGCACAUCUUGUCGGAUGCCUCAGGAAUACAACCAGAGAGAUGGUGGGGUGUCUUCGUAGCAUUGAUGCCCAAUAUCUUGUAGACCAGAGGCGGGCUUUGAUUACAAACUAUGUUGAUCCUGUGUGCCUCUACAUUCCUGUUAUAGACCACAAUGCCAAUAGACCUUUCCUUCCUGACUACCCGUCCAAGCUUCAGCCUGCAAAUGUUCCGGUGUUGUUUGGCAUAAAUUCAGCCGACGGUCUUGUGAAGACUGGUUUUUACACAAAAUAUGGGCCAUUUGAUUGGACCUCAAUUGAUUACCACUUCACGCACUAUUUUAAAGAGAUAUUGCUGCUUAACCCAGAUAUUAUUGGAAUAGAAGAAGAAAUAGCUGAAAUAAGACAAUUUUACUUUGGCUUUGAUGUAUUAGGAGAACAAAGUUAUUUUAACUUGACCAAUUUAUUUACAGAUGGUUGGUUUUUCAUACCAAUGAUUCAGACUUUUAAGAAUCAUCCAAAUAGUGUUUACCUUUAUAACUUAGAUUAUGUUGGAGACAAUUCAUUUGCAGAUGUCUACGCUUCUACAAGAGUAGUCAAUGGUGCUUGCCACAACGAUGAUACAAUUUAUUUAUUCAAUUCAACAACUAAUCCAAGAUUUAGUCCAUUUUCUCCUAAAGAUGAACAUUUUUCCAAAACAUUGGUCAAAGCCUGGGCAGAUUUUGCACGUUUUGGAGACCCAGUUAGGAGUCAAGGUAUUACCCUUGGUGAUUGGAAUAAUGGUGGAGAUUACCUGGAAAUGGGCCCCAUGGGAUUUUUAGUAAAGAAAAGUUUACAUCAAGAAGUCAUCAGAUUUUGGUUUAGAUUUAAUCCAAUGCUGACACAUUAUAUUUAAUAAUAGCAGUCAUGUUUUAGUUAGACAAAUAAUGAAAUUUUUAAAUAAAUAUCAUUAAAAGAAAAGAAUUCUAAACAUAAUAUAGUAUCAGAGGUUUCUCAAUAAAUAUAAUUCAUCUAUUUAUAUUCAGUAGAAAAAUAAAACAAAAUGAUAAAUGAAUAUUUAUUAAUAAGAAUUAUAAAGAAAUGAUGUGUUAAUAUAAAUU